AUGGGAAUGCAGACAAUGGGAUCUCAAGGUGAUGGUAGUAGUCAUCAUAAAGAAUCUCAGUUCCAGCCAUUGGUGCGGCAAAACUCAAUGUACAGUCUGACUCUCGAUGAGGUUCAAAAUCAGUUGGGUGACCUGGGGAAACCUCUCAGCAGCAUGAAUCUUGACGAACUUCUCAAAAACGUGUGGACAGUGGAGUCUACGCAGACUGUGGGUUUGGAAGUGGAGGGCACACAAUUUGCCAAUCAAACUGCUUUGCAGCGUCAGGCAAGCUUAUCAUUAACUAGUGCUCUGAGCAAGAAGACAGUUGAUGAGGUUUGGAAAGACAUCCAACAAAGCAAACAUGAUGGAGAGAUAAAGUCUAGGGAGCGGCAGCGUACUUUGGGAGAGAUGACCUUGGAGGAUUUCUUGGUAAAAGCAGGAGUUGUAGCUGAAGGAUCCACGGACAAGAAAGAUGGUGGUCCCAUUGUUGGGGUUGAUACAAGUGCAGCACAACAGUUUCCACAACAAGGUCAAUGGUUGCAAUAUCCACCACAUCCACAGUAUCAGCAUCCACAACAAAGCAUGAUGGGGGUUUAUAUGCCAGGCCAGCCUAUAUCACAGCCACUUCACAUGGGGGCUGGUUCUAUGAUGGAUGUUUCAUACCCAGAGAACCAGGUGGCCUUACCUCCACCCUUGAUGGGGACAUUAUCAGAUGCGCAGACACCAGCAAGAAAAAGAGGUGCGCCAGAGGAUAUGAUUGAGAGGACAGUCGAGAGGAGGCAGAAAAGGAUGAUAAAGAACCGUGAAUCUGCUGCCCGUUCACGAGCACGGAAGCAGGCUUACACGAAUGAGCUGGAGAACAAAGUUUCUCGGCUGGAAGAGGAAAAUGAAAGGCUUAGGAAACGAAGGGAGCUUGAGAAUAAGUUGCCAUGUGUCCCUCUCCCCGAACCCAAGUAUCAACUUCGCAGAACAACGUCAGCCCCAUUCUAG